AUGCAUUUAAUUACAAAAGAUAAAGUUUGUGCAAUUGUUGGUGACAACGGCAGUGAUGUCAAGAAAGCUUUAAAUGAAUUAAUUCCCGGUAAACGAUUUUCUUGUACAGCUCAUCUACUUAAUUUAGUAGUGAAAGUUGGUUUAGGAUUAUGGGACAAACCAAAGAAAAAAAAAAGUACUCAACAACUACAUACAACAAGUGAAGUAGUUAAUCGUAAUCGCGAAGACGAUGAAUUAUCAUCAGAUUCUGAUUAUGUUGACAUACCUGAUGAAUUAGAAGAUGAAGAGUAUAAUGAAGAUGCACAAACAAAUGGUUAUUUAUCUGGCAGUGAUGAUGGAUCGUAUGAUACCGGUAAUUAUGUUAAUGAAGAUGAAGACAAUGGUGAAUCAGAUAACAACACUGAUAAUGAAGAACAAAAUGAUAAUGAUGAUCAAUUAAUAGAUUUACAAAAUAUUCGUGCACAAACUCGACGACUGGUUGAUCGAAUACGUGAUUGCAUCAGCAACAUUAAUUCUACACGUGCUAUUAUUGAUUAUGUUCAACGGCAAGAAAAACUUCAUGAUCCACAAAUAACAUCUGCACUUGUAACUGAUAUAGAAAUUCGAUGGAACACAACCUUUACAAUGUUACAUCGAUUUAUAGGUCAUCAAUCAAUCAUCGAUGAUAUCAACAGAAGACCAUUCAAAAUUCCAGACAUUAGUCAUAAUCAACAAACAAAACUUGGUUCAAAGAAGUUUGAAUUUACCAAUGGCGAUUGGAGUAACAUAAAAAAUCUUUGUUCUGUACUGUGUCCAUUUUUCAGUGCGACAACUGUUACUUCAGGAAAAAAAUAUCCAACAUCAGCAGCUGCUUAUUCAGGUUAG